CCUCAGCCAACCCCAGGUUCCCAUGAGGCAACGCGCGCCGGCGAGGAGGCAGGUUUACCAAGUAGAAUGAACCAUUGCCUUUGGAAAAGUCAUGCAGGUUGUAAGAAACUCCGGGUCGUGGCUCCUGCGGUCCUGGGCUGGAUCUGGGAUGACCAGGCUUGUGGCCAUUACCCCAGCUAAGAGUAUCCACACCGGAGCCCCGAGGUUAGAAGACUCAGCUGCCAGGCAGAACACUGAAAAGGAAGCGGCUCCGAGUCGCUUCAGCAUUUACCCUCCGGUUCCAGGCCAGGAAAGCUCCCUGCAGUGGGCAGGGAUGAAAUUUGAGGAAGUCCCAAUUGCACACAUUAAAGCAACCUACAACAACACACAGAUCCAGGUAGUCUCUGCCACUAACACGUCCCUGGCCCGCGCCUCCUGUGGCACGGAAGGCUUUCGCAAUGCCAAGAAGGGCACCGGCAUCGCAGCACAGACGGCAGGCAUAGCUGCAGCAGCAAAAGCCACAGGCAAAGGAGUGACCCACAUCAGAGUCGUAGUGAAAGGCAUUGGACCAGGACGCUGGUCUGCCAUCAAAGGACUGACCAUGGGUGGUCUGGAAGUGAUCUCCAUCACAGACAACACCCCUGUCCCACACAAUGGCUGCCGACCCCGGAAGGCUCGAAGACUGUGAUAGCAAGGAAACCUGGACCUGAACCUGACCUAAAGUCUUGACUCAGGUGGAUCCUACAGAAAGCCCACUGUGGAGGCUGCUGGAGCGGGCUGUUCUCGAGCCUUCCUUGGGAGAACAUUCCUCUCCUUGCACAGAAGCUGGAGGUGCCGAGGCUGGCCUCUUGGACAUGAGGGAGUGGGAACUGCUGGCCACUGUGGCCAGCUCCAGCCUCUGCUCUGAAAAUAAAGGACUGUUCUCUGUA